CUUGGUGAAGGUUCCUUUGGUUCGGUCAGUCUCUAUCAAGGCCUUCGCUACGACGGCACUGUGGUUUCCGUCGCGGUCAAAACCUCCGACCGUCAACACGCGGAGUCUCUCUUCAGAGAGGUUCAAAUCUUGUCUGAGUUCAAAGGGUGUACGAGAAUCGUCCAGUGCUACGACACCAGAGUGAAAGCAAGUCUCAACCAACUUAAUGGUUGCGUGGAGUACAAGAUUCCCUUGGAGUACGCUCCUGGAGGAAGCCUGAGUAGUUUCAUCAACAAAUUCAAAGACGAUAAGCUGCCUGAUCCUAUGAUCAGAGACUUCACACGUAUGCUUCUCGAAGGCUUAGACACGAUUCACGCACACGGGUACGUUCACUGCGAUCUCAAACCGGAGAACAUCCUCGUUUUCCCUAGCCACGUCAACAACAACGGCGUGUGGAGAUCUUCCUUCCAAUUGAAGAUAUCUGAUUUCUGCUUGUCGAGAAGGGAAGGAGACAGCAGCUGGUGGGAACCUAGUCGUCCCUUUGCUGGAACAUCGAUCUACAUGUCUCUGAACUCGGUUUCUUACGGUGAGACAGAGAAAGACCUAGACUUGUGGUCGUUAGGGUGCUGUGUGCUUGAGAUGUACACUGGGAAGAGACCUUGGUGGCAUAAGAACUAUGAAGCGGAUGAUCUCAUGAAGGACCAAGAGCCACUGAUUCCGAGUGAUCUUCCUUUGGAAGCAAAACUCUUUAUCUUGACUUGCUUUGCGCGGAGAACAAAAGACGCGUCGAGAUUGUUGAUGUUAAGUUAG